AUGAAGGGUAUGAUACACAAGGAAAUAUGGGCGGACAGGGAGUUUUACUGGACACAACUUGAAAAGCAGCCCGGGCACAAGACACGAGCUGCGUGGCGACGCGAAACAAGAAAGAAAGCCUCAGCGGCAGCCUCGCGGCAUGUGGCGCGCGUUGGCAUCGAGCGUUUGGGAAACGCAGCCCGCCAUGGCUUUUGGCGGGACUCGAUUUCCUUGGGCAACGAUUCGCAAGUGCCUCGUCUCGCUGUACACUCGUUUUGCACUAUGAACAAGGACUGCGGUGGCCGUGGCGGUGAAGGAGAUGCACUGGCCAAGGUCUAA